CCUUGGGCAAACUGCCUUCCCCAAUGUCAGGAUAAUCAGGAAGUAAGGAAGGUGUGUCUUCACCAGCAAAACCAAAGUAUAUAAAGCUUCUUGAGAAAAAAAAAGCUAAAAGGAAGAAGUGCUGCAACGAGUGGGUGCAUAACUGGAUUUGUAUUACAUUUAUUUAUUGUAUAUUAUUCAGAAGAAAAACGAAUAUGAGCGGGUUUGGAAAGUUCUUUGGAAAAGGCAAACAGUCCAAAGGGAAGACUCCUAGUCCCCAGGAGGCCAUCCAGAAGUUGCGAGAGACCGAGGAGAUCAUGGUGAAGAAGCAGGAGUUCCUAGAACAGAAGAUACAGCAGGAACUGACAACGGCUAAAAAACAUGGGACUAAAAACAAGAAGGCGGCCCUUGCAGCUCUCAAAAGAAAGAAACGUUAUGAACAGCAGCUGGCGCAGAUUGAUGGAACUUUGUCCACGAUUGAGUUCCAGCGUGAGGCUCUGGAAAAUGCCACUACAAAUACAGAAGUCCUGAAGACCAUGUCUGAUGCAGCCAAAGCAAUGAAAGCUGCACACCAGAACAUGGAUAUUAAUAAAGUCGAUGAUCUCAUGGCAGAGAUCAAUGAGCAACAAGAAAUUGCCCAGGAGAUUUCUGAUGCCAUCUCCAAACCUGUUGGAUUUGGUGAUGAUGUGGAUGAGGAUGAGUUGUUGGCUGAGCUGGAAGAGAUGGAACAGGAAGAACUGGAGAGAGAUCUUCUGAAAGUUGAAGAUGAGCCUGUACCACUGCCAAGUAUUCCCAAAACAAAAGUCCCAACAGUACCAGCCCACAAGGUAGAAGAUGAAGAUGAAGAUAUGAAAGAGCUGGCAGCAUGGGCUUCUUGAAUACACCAUGGAUGAAAGUUAACAGCUUAAGAACUGUCUUGUCUGGGGAGGAAUUUCAUCACUGGUAGCUGACAAGCAGUGAGAGAUGUCAAAGACAAUUGCAUGUUAUAUGUGCCUUUAAUAUGUGGCUCAGAAUGUGCAGCUGCUAUACAUGUACCAUCUCUACUUCUGAGCUGCUAUCCCAGGGAUGGCCUGCACUUUUUAAUUUCAUAUCAGCAAUAGAAGCAACAACACGGUACACUGUUCACUUGCAUUGUACUAACUUAUGCCUCAGUCAUUUUGUAAGUUUCAGGGUUAUACUUUAUACCAUUCGUUACUUGAUUUCUGGUGCUUAAUUCCAUACUCCUACAUCAUGUUAUGCUUAGGCUUAGUAAAUGGACAAAUGUCCUGAAUGCCAAAAAAAAUCUGUAGAACUGUGCUGUGACGUGUGACUAUAUUAUAAUUGCACAACUGAAUAAUUUAAUUCCUCUAAACAUUACACAAUUUUAUGUAUGUAUAUAUAUGUGUGAUGUAUGUGUGCGUGUUCUGUAUGUAUGUUUGUUUUCAGUCAUGCUGAACUUUUACAAGUAUUUUUGGACCUCCUUUUAUGCAUUCAAUCCACAUAUCCGAUGUGCCUGUUCCUUUUUGACCAAAUGCAGUGGAAGAAUUUAGAAGUAUGCAACAGUAAAGUAAUGGAAUUUGUAUACAAAA